AUGAGCUACUACUACAGCAACUACUAUGGUGGCCUUGGUGGCUUUGGUGGCCUGGGCUAUGGCUAUGGUUCCAGCUACGGCCUUGGGGGCUAUGGUGGUUAUGGAUAUGGCUACUAUCGCCCCUCUUUCUAUGGCAGAUACUGGUCCUCUGGAUUUUACUGA